AUGAAGGAACCCUUCUACAUCAUGGCGAUUCGUCCACCUGUCAUCGAAGCCAUCCAGCCAUUCACCGAGUAUGUCCAGGCCAACGAGCCAGGCUGCCUGCACUACCAGAUGUUCCAGCCCGCAGACGCCGAGCCAGGCAAUGGAGCCAUCAUCUUCAUCGAACAGUGGAAGGACAUGGAGGCCCUCGAGCAGCACCGAGCCGGCGAGCAGUACAGGGCACUGAUGGCCAGGGCUAAGAAUGAAGGAUUGCUGACCGGCCCGCCUGAUGUCAAAGUGCUGCAGCCAGUCGGGGGGUUUGGUCCAAGGUAG